UUUCAAAUUGAAAGAGAGCAAUAUCUUAACUUUGAAGUUUUAUGUGUUUCUUGGUCUGAGAAGUAUGAUGUACUGGCUCUAGCCACGUCGACUGGUGAUGUCUGCCUUUACCGCUUAUCAUGGCAAAAGUGGUGGCAAGCUACUAUUUGUGAAAAAACAGACGAAGUUAUAUGCUCCUUAGCCUACAGCCUUGGCUCCAAACUUUUGGCUGUCGGGACUACAGCGGGACAACUUUACUUAUAUACUACCGAAAGCUGUGCCUGUGUACAUAAAAUUGCAAUUGUCAAAGACAAACUCAAUUAUUUAAAAUGGUUUAACCUUUAUAACAUGGAGGAUAGCUCUUCACUACCCUAUAUGAAUCUAUUUAAAAAUGUUCGAAAUGAUAAUAAAUUUGUUUCUGAAUUAAACAUUCGCCACGAAACUUUAUUUCCUCCUUUAUAUUCCCUUGACGAAGAGAAUAAGGAACUAAAAGUGCUUUCACCCACUGAUGCCAAAAUUUUCGAAUUCAGAGCAAUUCUCGUAGUCGGAGCCAAAAACGGAAUUAUCAAACUUCUGAUAGGCGGAAAGUUUUUGGUUGUUGAAGUGCACCGGCCGAGUUGUUCUUCUUCCGUGGAACUGCAGCACUGCCAUCUUUCUGUAGCUGACCACACUUGUACCUUAUAUGCCGCCGUCAAAGAUACUCAGGGAAAA